AGUCAGUCGUUCCAAGUCGUUCCAAAGUACACAAGAGCGUCAACAAAUAAUUUUCAUUCCACGACAACAAAUUGUUUUUAUCUGAUGAUUUAUGUUGUUUUGUUAUUAAAAAAAUUGAAUAACAUUAUUUUGACAUUCAAAUUAUUGUAAUUAUUGUAAUGGCUCAUUCAAGUCAACAUUCAGAUUCAGAAAGAAGUUAUAACGGUGAUGAUGAUUAUGGUCUGAAACCAAUAAAAAUGGAACCAGAAACACUUUUAACCCAGGAUGAUGAUAUUUUGUCAAGUCUUGAUCAUCAAAGUUCAGCUUUAGAUAUAGAAACAAAUUAUCCAGAUGUUGAUUCCAUCAUUGGUGAUGACAACAGUAACGAAGGAGUUUUAUCACAGCAUAUGGAUAUACGUGAACCUUUGUCAAAAUUAAAAAAUCUCUUACAAAUCAGAACUAAUUAUGAUAUUAGUGAUUUUAAAUUUUGGCUACAAGAUUCACAAGAGUUGGAGGGACACAAAAAUUUAGUUGAUCAAUGUGUACAGGGUGAAGGACUGGUUCAAGUUAAUGUUGAAAUAAAAUAUCAUCAAAAAAAAAUUAAUAUUGUUGAUGUUCUCAAACCAGCUGAGGAUUAUUCUGAAGAACCUGAAAAUACUGAACCAGUUGCUCCACAAGAACAUGGAAAAUCAAAGGUUCUUAGAUGGAUGAUUGACACUCAUUUCAAACAAGAACAGGAUCGUUUAAAAAUUCCAUAUGAUCCAAUGUUAUGGGACCAAACACAUGUAAAACAUUGGAUUCAGUGGGCAGUUAGACAGUUUAAUUUAAAAAAAAUUCACUUGUCCGAUUGGAAUAUAACUGGAGCAGAAUUGUGUGCACUUCAAAUGACAGAUUUUCAUAUCAAGGCUCCUGAUGAUCCUGGUGAUGUUUUUUGGACACAUCUUGAACUGUUAAAAAAGUGUAAAUUUGUUGCUGUGGUACAACCAGAUCCAGAACUGAAUGAAAAUCCAGUAGAAAAUAAUAAAAAAAAAUCACAUACAAGUAAUAAAACAAAGUUAAAUACAAAUGUGAAUAGUUCAACAAAAAUAAAUUCAAUUCAGCAUAAUCAAAUGAAAAUGAAUCCAACACAAAGUAAUCAAACAAAAAUAAAUCCAAUUCAAAGUAGUCAAUCACAAGUACAAUUACCAGGUCCAUAUCACAGGCCAUUACAACCAAGACCACCAUCAAUUUAUCAUCAACCACCACCACCACCUCCAACACCACCACAUUUAAAUGGUAACACAAGUCAAGAAUCAUCAACAGCUGAAUCAGGAACAUCAACACAAACAGUACAAUUAAAUAAAACAACAAAUACUGGUCAAAUACAACUUUGGCAAUUUUUAUUAGAAUUAUUAACGUCAAAAGAACACAGAGGUAUUAUAUUAUGGGAAGGUACUGAAGGACAAUUUAGAUUACAACGUCCAGAAACAGUUGCACAAUUAUGGGGUAAAAGAAAAAAUAAACCAUCAAUGAAUUAUGAAAAAUUAAGUCGUGCAUUACGUUAUUAUUAUGAAGGUGAUAUGAUAUCAAAAGUAUCUGGUAAAAGAUUUGCUUAUAAAUUUGAUUGUGAUUUAAAAAGUAUACUUGGUUAUUCAGCUGCUGAAUUAAGUAGGCUUGUUAAUGGACAAAAAAGAAAUGCAAUUUCAGAUGAUGAUUUAAGUGAAUAAACAAAUAAACAAAACAAACAAAAUUCAUAUUUUUUUUUUUUAAUUUUAAAAUACGCUCAAUAUCACAAAAUUUAUAAAAUGUUAAUCAGAAAAGAAAAACAAAGUAUUUAAUAAUUUAAAAUAUAAGUAAAACAUUUUUUUUAAUACAAAAAAAUAGCGAUAAAUUAAUUACAAUUUUAUAUUAUUAGUUUUUUUUUUAUAAUUAAUAUUGUUAAAUUGUAAUACAAUGUUGCUUAUUUAAAAUUAAAAAUAACAAACUUAAUACUAAGCAUUGUAUCAUAGUUAAAAAUAAAAUAAAAAUAUAAUAUAAA